AUGGCUUCCAAAUCCUUUCUUUUGGUUUCUCUUGCAUUAGUACUCCUAUGUGGUUGCCAAGCAGAUUUAGUUGAUGACAUUUGCUCUGUCAGUACCAAUCCAUCUCUCUGUAAUCAGAUUUUAAGGUCAGACCCUCGUACCCCAGGGGCCAAAAAUCUUCGCGAAUUAGGUAAAAUAGCACUCGAUAAAGCCCUUGAGGGGACCAAAGCAACCCGACUAGCGGUUAAAUCACUUGGCAAGGGACCAACAGCUAGUACAUGUGUAAAAGUUUGCCAAGAUGCCAUAAAUAAUCUCAACGAAUGCCGGAAUCUGCUUAGAGCUUCCGACAUAAGCGCUUUACAGACCAAAGUCUCGGUUGCUUUAACUGAUGUUCAAACCUGUGAUGAUACUUAUGAAGGUAAAGAACCUCCACAGAUCAAUCAAGCCACUCAAAGAGCAAAAGAAUUAAUAGGCAUUUUCUUAAUCAUUGCAAGUCGAUUAUAG